AUGUAUUCCGAUGAUUACGAUACAGAAGGCGGAGAGGAUGAUCUUUGUACAUACGGUGACUAUGAUUCAGAAGGUGGAGAGGAUGAUGAUCUUUGUGCAUACGGUGAGGACGACGAUUCCGCUGCGACCUCUGACCAGGUAAAUUACGUUUGUCUCAAGGAAGAAGAUAUCCGCAGGAAUCAGAAGGAUGACAUCGGACAAGUUUCCACCGUCCUCUCUCUAAGCGAGGUCGAAGCUAGCAUCUUGCUUCUUCACUAUCAGUGGAGUGUUAGCAAAGUUAACGAUGAAUGGUUUGCUGACGAGGAGAGAGUUCGGAGUAGCGCCGGGAUAUUGGAGGCACCACGUCGACCAAGACCUGCUGCUACUCGCAAAAAAGUUAGAUGUGGGAUAUGCUUUGAGUCAUAUCCUCCUCGAGAAAUUGUAUUGGUUGCUUGUGGUCAUCCUUUCUGCUCUGCUUGCUGGACUGGUUACAUCACCACAGCCAUCAACGAUGGUCCAGGGUGCUUGAUGAUUAAAUGUCCAGAACCUUCUUGCUCCUGUGCUGUUGGUCAAGACAUGGUCGAGAAGCUUGCUUCCAAGGAAAGCAAGGAUAAGUACGACAGGUAUUUUCUCAGGUCUUAUGUCGAAGGCAGCAGGAAGAGGAAGUGGUGUCCCGCACCGGGAUGCGAGCUAGCGAUUGAUUUUUCCGCCGAAGGGACAAGGAGUAGUAACGAUGUCUACUGCUCGUGCUCGCACAGCUUCUGCUGGAACUGCAGUGAAGACGCUCACCGUCCUGUGGACUGCGACACUGUUGGGCAGUGGGUACGCAAGAACAGCGCCGAGUCCGAGAACAUGACUUGGAUACUUGCGAACUCAAAGCCCUGUCCCAUGUGCAAGCGGUCGAUCGAGAAGAACCAUGGCUGCAUGCACAUGACGUGCACAGCGCCUUGUAAACACCAGUUUUGUUGGCUCUGCCUUGGUCCAUGGACAGAGCACGGGGACAGAUCCGGUGGGUUUUAUGCGUGCAACAAGUAUGAGGUGGCUAGGAAACAAGGACUGCAUGACGAGGCUGAAAAGGUGCGGGAGAUGGCGAAGAUGUCGAUAGAGAGAUACGCCCAUUACUACGAACGGUGGGCGAGCAAUGAAAAGUCGAGGAAGAAGGCUGUUGAGGAUCUGCGGAAAUUCCAUUCGGAGAAGCUUGAGGUACUAUGUGACAUACAGAAGGCAACAGAAGCUGAGCUCAGGCUCAUCGCAGAGGCGUGGAUUCAGAUCAUUGAGGGCAGGCGGGUGCUGAAAUGGACAUAUGCGUAUGGGUUCUAUCUACCUCAAGGACCCGAUUAUUUUAAGCAGCGAGAGUUAUUCGAGUAUUCGCAAGGGGAGGCUGAGUCUAGUCUGGAGAGGCUCCACAAAUGCGUAGAGAAGGAACUGGAGCCGUUUGAAACUGCUGAGGGCACUGCACGCUUACAGAAGGAAUUGGACGACGCGUUUGACGCUGCUGCUGCUGCUGGCACUUCAAAAGAUGUGCUUAAAGACGCUUUCACUGAGUACCGGAAGAAGUUAAUAUGUUACACCAACGCAACCAGAAACUUCUUUAAAAACCUAGUGAAAGUUCUCGAGAAUGGUCUUGCCGAUGUCGUUGUGCCUAGUCAUAUACCGACCUGA